AAUCAGCCUCCUCAUUAAUGUAAUUUUUAGUACAGCCAGCCAUGGCUCUCAAACAUAUUUCCUGCUACUUCCGAGCCCACUUACUCUGGAUAUUAGCUUUCUUUCCUGCUGUUUUCGCGCAACUCUCUCCCGACUUCUAUACUUGGUCGUGCCCCUAUCUACCGAUGAUUGUCAAGUUCAACGUCCAGAGAGCUGUCGAAAAUGAUAUGAGAAUUGCUGCUUCUCUCCUUCGAUUGCACUUCCAUGACUGCAUCGUAGAUGGAUGUGAAGGGUCGGUACUUCUGGAUGAUACAAAUGACAUGAAGGGGGAGAAGAAUGCUCCUCCAAAUAAAAAUUCCCUCAGAGGAUUUGAUGUCAUCGACGACAUUAAGGCAGAUGUUGAGAGGUUCUGUCCUUUCACCGUCUCUUGCACUGACAUCCUCACCCUUGCUGCUAGGGAAGCCGUCUAUCUGUCCGGUGGGCCCUAUUGGCCAGUGGGACUAGGAAGAAGAGAUGGAACAAAAGCAAGUGAGAACUCUGCCAAUGAGCAAAUCCCCUCACCCAUUAAGCCUUUAGAUAACAUCAUCGCCAAGUUCACUUCCAAGGGCCUUGACCUCAAAGAUGUCGUCGUCCUCUCAGGGGGUCACACUAUAGGCUAUGCUCAAUGCUUCACCUUCAAGAGGCGGCUCUUCGACUUCAACGGGUCCGGGAAACCCGACCCGACCUUAGACAACUCCCUCCUCACUAGCCUACGGGGCACCUGCCCUAACAAGGAUGACUCCAACACAAAACUUGCUCCACUGGACUCUGCCUCGACCUACACGUUCGACAGUGCAUACUACUCGAAUCUUGUGAACAACGAGGGCCUGCUCGAGUCGGACCAGGCCUUGAUGAGCGACCCGAGGACGGCUGCCCUGGUGAACUCCUAUUAUGCUGACCCCAAGCUGUUUUACAAGGACUUUGGGGCAUCGAUGGCUAGGCUUGGGAGCGUGGGGGUCCUCACCGGGCAAAGCGGGCAGAUUAGGAAGAAAUGUGGGACCGUGAACUACUAAUCGAGAUCCAUAUGCCUUCAUAUAUAUAUCUCCAAGGUGUCUACAGCUAAGAAGCUCUUGUAUUAUUACAAAUGGCAGAAAGCUUAGUAAUUGUAUAAUUAUCAGAAUAUAUACAAUGAUAUGAAAUAAUUAAGCUCUUGGAAA